UUUUAAAAAUUUUCAUAAAUCAACGAAAAAUGUGAAAAAUUUAUGUGCAAUGUGGAAUAUAGCGAAUGUAAACACGAUAACAACAGCAACAUCAACCACUUCAUAAACACUGCAGACAUGUGAAUGCUUUUCAAAUCAACAACAUUAAGUAAAUGUAUCAAAGCAAUGUUAUAAAAAUCAAAAACAAAAGUUGAAAGAAAAAAGAAAUCAAGCAAAAACCAACAUCAACAAUUAGCGGCUGUAAAAUGGUACAGCAGAAAUAGCAAAAACAAAAUCACAACAAAGCGGCAGCAGCAAAUGCAAUAUCGCACGCAUUUGCUUGCUGGCUUUGACAGUCCUUUCUUCUUACGUCUCCAUCUUCAAAUUUCACUUGCAGCAGCUGUUGCAGCAGGACAUAAGAGUAGGAACAACUACGAAUCCUUACUAAAGCCGAUUUAUUGGAUUCGGCCAAUUUGGUGGACUUGGCGCCUACCCACAAAAUGCACUCGUGCGCAUGCUGCUGUAUGACAAACAACACUACGAGCAUCGGCAUUAAUAAACAGCAGCAGCAAAAAAAUCUAAGGCUAAGGCGGGAAGUGGUGCAACUGGAGCAAAGGCGCGCACUUGUAACGACGUCUACUGGCGCAUGGGACGCCAGUAGUACCAGGAGCAGUUACAACAACGAUCUCAACGGCGAGCCAACGGAGUCAGCGACGUGCUCAGCCGGCACGGUCGCGGUCGCGGUGACGAUAGCGCGGACGACGUCGACGACGUCUUCGUCGCAGCGGCAGACGACAGAAGCAGCGAAAACAAUAACAAAGGAGUUGUAUUUGUGUACUACUCCCGCUAGUUUAUGCAAAAAUUUACUAAAACAGUUUAUUAGGCAAGUGUUGACUGCCAACAUUUCAAACUUAUAAAAGAAGAAGAAAAGCAUAACGAAAAACAUAAGUAAAAUACCAAACACAUCCGUGCGAAAACUGUCAAAUUGUGCAGCGCACACGCAAGCAAUCAAAAAUAAUUUUGUCAUACCCACUGUCAACUUUCUCAACUCGUCAAUCGAAGUUUUUUUUUUAUAUUUUUUACGGACUUACGUACUGCUAAAGGCAAUCAUAGCAGACAAACAUAUUAAUUUCCAUAAGGACGCGUUUUGCUGCCAUUUCAAGGCUAGCAACAAAUUAUAUAUAUGAUGGCCGAUCAUUUGGACGAACCGCCACAAAAGCGGGCUAAGAUAGAUCAAUCGACUCUACGCUUUCUGGAAGAAAAUCUACCCGAUGAGUUGGUUUCCUCGAACAGUGGAUGGUCAGAUCAGCUUAGCACUACUGGUGGCGGCGUUAAUGUUGUAUCCACAGCAACCGGCGUCGGCACUGGCGGACCAAACAAACCUCCUACUCAGGGACCUGGGUCAGGCGUUGUGCCACCACAAAUGAAUGGAGCCGGUGGCGGCGGGGAUGAUGGCAGUGGUAAUGCCGGUAGCGGCGCUGCUGGUAGUCAACUACGUCAAAUGCAACAUCACCAGCAUUUGCAGCAUUUUUUGCAGCAACAGCAGCAAGGUAACAAAGGCGCUGGCGGUGGCAUGGUUGUGCCUGGCAUGAAUCAACUAGGCAGCAAAUCACCCAGCUUGCAAUCGCCUAACACGGGUGGCAUACAAGUGACUACACAAAUGGGCAUGGUUAAUUCUAUGCCCAUGUCCAUAUCAAAUAAUGGCAAUAAUGGCAUGAAUGCUAUACCAGGCAUGAACAGCAUUGCACAGGGAAAUCUUGGCAAUAUGGUUCUGACAAACAGUGGGGGCAUGGGGACCAUAGGUGGCACGGGCUUGGUCAAUACACUGAAGCAACCUGUCGCUGCCUCCUUGAUGAACGCAGUGCCCGGAUCAGUGGGUGUGAGCUCCGUAUCCGGUGCAGCGCCUAGUCAGGGUAUGCACAUGCAAAAUGGUCCGAUGAUGGGACGGAUGGUUGGACAGCAACACUUGCUUCGUGGUCCGCAUUUAAUGGGCGCUGGAGCUAGCGGAGGCAGUGGCCCGGGUGGUGUUGUUGGCGUCGGUGGCGGUCCUCGAAUGCAAAACCCAAACAUGCAGCUGGGCCAAAUUAAUAAUAUGCCUUACGGAGUCGGUAACUAUGGUACACCUAGCAGUAACAAUCCGCAGCAGCAGCAACAGCUACUUGCUCAGCAGAUGGCACAGCGGGGUGGCGGCGGCGUCGUAGCACCCAAUAUGAGCGCGGGAAUGCCCCAAGGAAACCGGCCAAUUGGCACAGUUGUACCAAUGUCCAGUCUGGGUGGAGAUGGACCGCCACCUGGCUCAGGCGGACUCGUUGGAAAUCCCCAACAGCAGCAACAAUUAGCGGCAGCAAACGCACAAAUGAAUCCCCAGCAGCAACAGCAACCGCCGAGUGCGCAACAAAGUGCACUGGGACCACGCGCGCCGCAACCCAAUCAACUGUUAGGACAUUCUCAGCAACAACAGCAGCAACCAGGAACAUCUCAGCAGCAAGCAAUUUCAUCUGGAGUGGCUUCGUCUGUUAGCGGGCCUGCUCCGGCACCAGGCAGCAUGUCUGAUGAACGCAAGAAACAAAUACAGCAGCAUUUGAUGUUGUUAUUGCAUGCCCACAAGUGCAACCGGCGCGAGAACAUGAAUCCCAACCGUGAGGUCUGCAGUGUCAACUAUUGCAAGGCCAUGAAAGCCGUGUUGGCCCAUAUGGCCACAUGUAAGCAGAGCAAGGACUGCACCAUGCAACAUUGCACCUCUUCGCGCCAGAUACUGCUCCAUUACAAAACCUGCCAACGCUCCGAUUGCAUCAUUUGCUAUCCUUUUCGCCAGAAUCACUCGCUGUUUCAGAACGCUAGCGGCGCAGGAGGUGGUCCUACCGGAGCAGCCAACGCAUCACCUUUACAGCAGCAACAACAACAGCAGCAAUUAGCACAAGGCCAACCACAGGUUUCGCAAAAUCCGUCUGGCGUAGGUGUCGGUGUUGGAGUCGGCGUCGAUAGCAAACAAGUGGCACAGAGUACUGGAACUGGCGGCACACAAAAUACGGCAAUUGUGUUACCGCAGCAGCAGACGCCCGGCGCAACCAAUGUACCUAAGAGUAAUACGGACUUGGCACAGCAGCAGCAGCAGCAGGUGCAACAACAAGAGCUUCGACGCUUUGAGAGUGUUGGCAGUAUAGGCCAAGUUGGGCCGGUCUCAGCUGGGAUGUUGGGUGUGCCGGGGCAAGGGAUGCCACCGGGUAUUCGUAUGCAGGGCACUCCAUCUGUUCGCGUGCUUGGUGUACAGCCUGGAGCAGGUGGUGCAAUAUCUGGCGGAGUGCCUGUACCCGGACAAAAUGUUUUACCCGGGGCGAACGAUGUGACCAGUUUACAACAGCAGCAGGCGCAGGCCGCACAGCAGGGUGGACAACUAAUGCUGCAGGGUUGCAAUACUAGCACUGGACGCAGGCGCGCGAUUCCCAAUAUGGUUGAACAGCAGCCCAAUGCGCAGCAAAGUGUUCAACAACAACAGCAAUUGGGCAACAUUCCAGCGCCACUGUCGGUCAACGUUGGUUUUAAUAAUGCCAACUUUGUAGGCGUCGGCGAAAAGCAACAACUAGGGAGUCAGUCGGAUCAGAUGGCUAAGCUCAAAUUACAGGCUCAAUCGCAAGCACAGGUACAGGCACACGUCAGCGUAGUGUCAGCAGGCGCGCCAGGUACUGGCAAUAGCACAGCUGGUGCUAGCGUUUUGAUGCCUGCAGAUACCACAGGAGUUGCCAACAGUUCAUCAAGUGGAUCAAAUUCAUCAAACGCGGGAGCGGGAAGCGCAGGCAGCGCUGGGGGUGCAGGCGGUGCCCCAGGAAGUGGGAGCGAUAGCGAGAAAGACUGGCGCGAAUCGGUGACAGCGGACUUACGCAAUCAUUUGGUACACAAGCUGGUGCAAGCCAUCUUUCCGACAUCGGAUCCAACUACAAUGCAGGACAAGCGCAUGCAUAAUUUGGUUUCGUAUGCUGAAAAAGUGGAAAAGGAUAUGUAUGAAAUGGCAAAAUCGCGAUCCGAGUACUAUCAUCUGCUUGCAGAGAAGAUCUAUAAGAUACAAAAAGAAUUAGAGGAAAAACGUCUUAAGCGCAAAGAGCAGCACCAACAACAAAUGUUGCAAAUGCAACAAGGUGGUCCCAACAGUGGUGUCGUCAAUCCUACAUCAGUACCCAACAACUCGCUUCAACAACAGCCGGGUCAGGGCGUGCGUCCUAUUAUCAGUCCAAUGGGUAGUGGAGGUGGUGGCCCAAGUGGCAUGGUUCAACAGCAGAUGCGUCCUCAAGCUCCUGGCAUGGGGAGCGGCGCUAGCCAGCAGCAGACAGCAGCCGGACAAGCCAACAUGGUGGCUGUAGCGGCAAGUAUGCGCAGUCAUUCGCCCGGUGGCAAUAUGCUAGCCAUACAACAACAGCAGCAACGUAUGCAGUUCCCGCAACAGCAGCAGCCUGUUCAAGGCAAUAUGUUGGUUGGACCAUCCGGUCCAAGUCCCGGGGGAAUGGUAGCAAAUCCAGUGCUAUCUCCAUUUAACACGCAGCAGACCAUGCAAUCAGCUUCGUCAGUUGGUGGUGGCCCAGGCAUAUUAACGAGUCCGGUGACCGCUCAACAACAACAACAACAACAACAACAACAACAACAACAACAACAACAGCAGCAGUUCAUCAAUGCCAAUGGCAGUUCCGGUGGACAGAAUUCUCAAAUCAGCGAGAUAAUGAAACAGCGUUUGCUGCAGCAACAUCAACAGCAAACAAACGCAGCCAUGCUAUUACCACAGUCACCCUUUAGCAAUGCUACGCCUAUCCAGCAGCCGCAACAGCUGCAACAGCAAUCAAAUGCAUUUAACUCACCCAUGCAGCAAAAGGCGCAGCAGCCACCUGGUAGUGUGCUAAAUAAUAUGCCGCCCACUCCCACCAGCCUGGAUGCACUCACUGCAGGAGCACCUAAUGCUGGUGCUGGUGGCAUUGGUAGCGGGACUGUGACAGCCCCAAGUCCUUCGCCUAGCUUCAUGUCGAACGGACCUAUUGGCACACCAUCAAACAAUCCGCCCUCUGUAAGCAGUCUCAUGCAGCCGUUAAGUAAUCGAGCAGCAACACCGCCAUAUAUACCUACCUCGCCAGUGCCGGCUACCAGCGCUUCAGGGUUGGCAGCCAGCAGUACUCCCGCUUCGGCAGCAGCUACAUGUGCCAACAGCGGUAGUAGUAGCAAUAUUAGUAGCACCAGCAGUUCUGUAAUCACAACGACAGCGGUUACAGCGGUUGUCAGUACUCCCAUAAGUUGUGCAUCAGGGGCAACACAAACAUCAACGACUGCAACAAGUGGCAAUGUAAAUUCAACGCCAGUAAGCAGCACGGUGCUGCUGGUGGCACGCAGCAAUAGCGACAACACUGCUACAGGCCGCGUGAUGAGCACCUCCAGUAGUUUAUCAUCUCAGAUGGCUGCACUGGAGGCGGCGGCGCGUGAUAACGACGAUGAGACACCGUCGCCAGCUGGUGCUAAUGAUACAAAUGGGAGUAAUGGUGGUGGUAGUAGUGGAGGUGGUGGAAUGUCAUCAAAAGGUAAACUGGACUCCAUUAAGCAGGAGGAUGAGAUCAAAAAGGAGUUUAUGGACGAUAGUUGCGGUGGCAAUGGCGAUAGUUCACAAAUGGAUUGCUCGACAGGUGGAAAAGGCAAAAAUGUAAACAAUGAUGGUACCAGCAUGCUUAAAAUAGACCUUAAGUCGGAGGAUGGAGCCGCCGGUGACGUGAAGAUCAAGUCUGAGCCUAUGGAUGUGGAUGAAUCGGCGGUUGUCGGUGGCAUUGCUACUGGCGCGAAUGGAGAUGGUGGCGGUGGAAGUGAUGGCAAGGAUGAUAUUAAUGGUGCUAUUGAUGGCGUUUCUGCGGGAAUUGCAUCAGAUAUCAAAAUUAAAUCUGAGACCAAACCAAUGGUUCCGGAGCCACUCGCACCAAAUGCUGGCGACAAGAAGAAAAAAUGCCAAUUUAACCCAGAAGAGCUGCGCACUGCAUUACUGCCGACGUUGGAUAAGCUUUAUCGUCAGGAACCGGAGUCGGUGCCAUUUCGUUAUCCGGUCGAUCCACAAGCUUUGGGAAUACCCGACUACUUUGAGAUUGUAAAAAAACCAAUGGAUCUAGGUACCAUCCGCAAUAACAUACUUAAUGGCAAAUAUAGUGACCCCUGGGAGUAUGUAGAUGAUGUGUGGCUGAUGUUUGACAAUGCAUGGCUUUACAACCGCAAAACAUCGCGUGUCUAUCGUUACUGCACCAAGUUGUCAGAGGUGUUCGAGGCUGAAAUUGAUCCUGUGAUGCAAGCAUUGGGGUAUUGUUGUGGUCGAAAGUACACAUUUAAUCCGCAGGUGCUAUGCUGUUAUGGCAAACAGCUGUGUACGAUACCACGAGAUGCCAAAUACUACAGUUACCAAAACAGUCUAAAGGAAUACGGUGUUGCCUCAAAUAGAUACACGUUCUGCCAAAAGUGCUUUAAUGACAUACAAGGAGACACUGUAACUCUGGGCGAUGAUCCACUUCAGUCACAAACCCAAAUUAAAAAGGACCAAUUCAAAGAGAUGAAGAACGACCAUUUAGAGCUGGAGCCCUUCGUUGAUUGCCAGGAGUGCGGACGCAAGCAACAUCAAAUCUGUGUGCUUUGGCUUGAUUCAAUAUGGCCCGGCGGUUUUGUAUGUGAUAAUUGUUUAAAAAAGAAGAACUCAAAACGAAAGGAGAACAAAUUCAAUGCCAAGCGAUUGCCUACCACCAAGCUGGGUGUGUACAUUGAGACACGUGUUAACAAUUUUCUAAAGAAAAAGGAAGCUGGCGCUGGUGAGGUGCACAUACGAGUGGUGUCUUCAUCGGAUAAAUGCGUUGAAGUUAAACCUGGCAUGCGGCGUCGGUUUGUUGAGGGCGGUGAAAUGAUGCAAGAGUUUCCAUAUCGGGCAAAGGCCUUAUUUGCCUUUGAAGAAGUGGAUGGCAUUGAUGUAUGCUUCUUUGGUAUGCACGUACAGGAAUAUGGUUCAGAAUGCCCAGCGCCUAAUACUCGACGCGUCUAUAUUGCUUACCUUGAUUCUGUGCAUUUCUUUCGACCUCGCCAAUACCGCACUGCGGUUUACCAUGAAAUAUUACUCGGCUAUAUGGACUAUGUGAAGCAGCUGGGCUAUACGAUGGCGCACAUCUGGGCUUGUCCACCCUCUGAAGGGGACGACUAUAUAUUUCAUUGUCAUCCGACUGAUCAGAAAAUACCUAAACCGAAACGUUUGCAAGAGUGGUACAAAAAGAUGCUCGACAAAGGCAUGAUUGAACGCAUCAUACAGGACUACAAGGAUAUACUUAAACAGGCCAUGGAAGAUAAACUUGGAUCGGCCGCUGAAUUGCCCUAUUUCGAGGGGGAUUUUUGGCCAAACGUACUUGAGGAGAGCAUUAAAGAACUGGACCAGGAAGAAGAGGAAAAACGCAAACAAGCCGAGGCCGCCGAAGCUGCUGCUGCUGCCAACCUUUUUUCCGCUGAGGACAACGAAGUCAGUGGCGAUGGCAAAAAAAAAGGACAGAAAAAGGCCAAGAAGUCCAACAAAUCGAAAGCAGCACAGCGCAAAAAUAGUAAAAAGUCCAAUGAGCAUCAGUCGGGAAAUGAUUUGUCCGCCAAGAUCUAUGCAACCAUGGAGAAGCACAAGGAAGUUUUCUUUGUUAUACGCUUACACUCGGCCCAGUCAGCAGCAAGUCUGGCUCCCAUACAAGAUCCUGAUCCGUUGCUCACCUGUGAUCUGAUGGAUGGACGUGAUGCAUUCCUGACACUUGCCCGUGACAAGCACUACGAAUUUUCUUCAUUGCGACGCGCACAGUUCUCCACACUAUCAAUGUUGUACGAGUUGCACAAUCAGGGCCAGGACAAGUUUGUUUAUACUUGCAACAACUGCAAGACUGCAGUAGAGACGCGCUACCAUUGUACCGUUUGUGAUGAUUUCGAUCUCUGCACGGUAUGCAAGGAGAAGGUUGGACAUCCACAUAAAAUGGAAAAACUAGGCUUCGAUCUUGACGAUGGCUCGGCUCCGGCUGAUCUUAAGCAGGCAAAUCCUCAGGAGGCACGCAAACAGUCUAUUCAACGAUGCAUUCAAUCUCUGGUACACGCGUGUCAAUGUCGGGAUGCUAAUUGCCGUUUGCCUUCGUGUCAAAAGAUGAAACGGGUAGUCCAGCAUACAAAGAACUGCAAGAGAAAGACAAAUGGUGGCUGUCCCAUAUGCAAGCAGCUGAUCGCCCUAUGCUGUUAUCACGCUAAACACUGUCAGGAGCAAAAGUGUCCAGUGCCCUUCUGUCCAAACAUUAAGCUCAAACUAAAACAGCAGCAGCUACAGCAAAAAUUGCAACAGCAACAAUUACUGCGCCGCCGCGUCGCCCUCAUGUCCAGAACCGCAGCUCCUACUGCUUUACCCGGACCAGCAGUAAGCGGCCCUGUAGUUGCAGCCGGUGGCGUCGGUGUUGGUGUGCCAGUAGUGGGCAUGUCUGGUGUGGCAGUUAGUCAACAAGUGAUGUCCGGGCCGGCUUCCAUAUUGCCAAGUAGUGGCGGUGGCAUGAGUCCAUCCACAGUGCCGGUACCGUCUCCGGUUUCUGGUGCUGUCAUCGCUGGAAUGACCUCGCCACAUCCACACCAACCAGGCAUUGGCAUGAAGCCCGGUGGUCACUCGCCGUCGCCAAAUGUCCUACAAGUGGUCAAACAGGUGCAGGAGGAAGCAGCACGCCAGCAAGUGCCGCAUGGCGGUAGCUUUGGGAAAGGCGUGCCAAUGGCUCCACCUGUUAUGCAACGGCCCAUGGGUGUAGGCGUACCAAACCAAGGCGCGAUGGGCGGCAUGGUCGGCAAUCAGCUUACUGGAAAUGUAGGCGUGGUACCCGGUGGUGGACAGAUGCCAAGUGGGGGGAAUUGCAACAAUGUUUUGAAUUCUAAUAAUCUACUACCAAUGGAUCAGUGGGGUGGAGGCGGUGGUCCUCAACAACGCUAUGCUAACAAUACGCCUAAUCAGCAAGGAAUGCGCCAGCCAAACCAACUGAUGCAGCAAAAUAUACAGCAACAACAGAUGUUGGGCAUACCAUCCAAUCAGCUGGGUGUCGGUGUUGGAGUGGGUGGCAGCGUUGGGACUGGUCAGAUGCCCGUAGUAGGGGCUGGCGUCAGCAUGGGCGGCGGCGGAGCAGCUCAUGGCAUAGGCUUAGGUGCGCCAAUUGGUGCUGCCACCUCUGGAGGCGGUGUUCGCCCACCAGGCGCACAAGGUGUAGGCGGUGGUGGAACUGGAGGGGCGGGGCCCAACAUGGUUAACGGACCGCCACUCAACACGCAAACACUAGCUCAGAUUAUGCAGAAGAUCAAAAACAAUCCGACCAAUGAGAGUAAUCAGCACAUACUGAGUAUACUAAAACAGAAUCCCCAAAUAAUGGCGGCCAUCAUAAAGCAGCGCCAGCAGAGCCAAAUUAAUGCUGCCGCUGGAGGAGCUGGUGGAGCCGGAGGCGCAUUGCAAGCUGGCAAUGGACCACAAACACCGCAGCAACAACAACAGCAGCAGCAGGUGAUGCAACAACAACAAAUGCAGCACAUGAUGAAUCAACAGCAGCAGGGACCUGGCCCUGGGCCACAGCAAAUGGGACCCGGCCAACAGCAGCAAGUCAGCCUAAUGCAGGGUGCACAACAGCCGCAACAGGGACCUCCGCAUCAGCGCAUGGCCAACAUGCAGAAUACAGCUAUGAUGCUGCCAAAUUUGCCGCCGGGCAUUACCAAUCAGGGGGGCAUGGUACCAAACCAAAACUGGACUAAGAUGCGCUAUAUGCAAAUGAAUCAAUAUCCGCCACCAUAUCCACAACGCCAACGCGGUCCACACAUGGGCGUUGCUGGUCAACCGCAAUUUCCAGGCGGCACAACAGGCAACUUUAAUGCAGGAAGCGCUGGAAAUGUUACCGGUGUACAAGUAGCCGGUACAACUGUUGGAAGCGGUGCGGCUGGAACCGUCUCUGACCAAUAUUCCAUGGCCAAUGCGGCAGCCUCCAAUAUGCUGCAACAGCAGCAGACCGUCGGCGGUGCAGGUGUUAAGCCUGUGCCACAACAGCAACAACAACAGAUGGGUGUAAUCCCACCAGGAAUGCAGCAACAGCCGAUGCAGCAGCAACAACAACAGCAAAUGAUGCAGGCUGUAGCAGCUGGUGGUGGGGGUAUGACAGGUACAAAUCCUCAAAAUGCGUUGCCCGGCGGCAGUAGCGGCCCAACUGGACCCGGCUCAAAUGUGAUGGGCCCGCCAACACCGCAUACAUUGCAGCAGCAACUGAUGCAGACGGCUCGCUCCUCACCACCGAUACGAUCGCCACAGCCAACGCCUUCGCCCAGGUCUGCGCCAUCCCCACGCGGUCCGUCUGCAUCGCCGCGCGCGCAGCCCUCGCCGCAUCAUGUAAUGAGCAGUCAUUCACCGGCACCUCAGGGGCCACACGAUGGCUUGCAUAAUCACGGCAUGCAUCAUCAGUCACCGCUGCCGGCCGUGCCUCAGGAUGUGGGCGUUAGCGGUGUCAGUGUUGGGGUUAAUGCUGGUAACGUGGGGAAUGCCGGCGGCUCUCUGCCUGAUGCCUCCGAUCAGCUGAGCAAGUUUGUGGAGCGGCUCUAG